GUUGCCAGGAUACAGCAAUCAGAAGCUAGACGUUGCUAACAACCUUUGACGCAGAUUAUUGGACCGUUUAUACCGAAUUUAAUGCAUUUAAGAGACUUUUAAAACACAUAGAAAGAGUUAGUUUAUGGUUAUGUGUGGUUUUAUCCGCGCGUUCAUCAGUUAAACCGUUUUUUGUGGCUUCAGACGGAUUUAGAGCCUCCGGUGGUUUGGUUUGUUUUUAGCUUUGUAUGCUUGGGCUAAUCGGUAAACUGGGUUUAAACCGCCUCUAACCGGGAGGUUAAUGUUUGGACCGUAGCUUGUUAGCGGCACAUGGAGCGGGGAGAGAAAGACAGCAGACUACUGAAGAACCAGCCGUACGACGAGAGCCUGGAGGUGGUUGACUCCGAGGAGAGUGUUUACAGCCCGACUCCCGGGGAACAGUCAGAGUCCCGGCUCAGCAGAAGGGGGCAGGGCUUGAUGUCGGCCAACAGCGACGAGUUUGACGAGGACGAGCCAAAGGGGGGGCAACCAGGGGCCAGUCCAAACGAGGAGGAGGAUGAGGAGGAGGAGGAGGAGGAGGAAGAGGAGGACUCUGAUGAAGAGGAGUCUGAGGAUGACGAGGAGCCCGGGAAGCCUCCGGAGGGAGCGUACGACCCGGCGGACUACGCCAACCUGCCCGUCUCCACGGAGAUCAGAGAGCUGUUCCAGUACAUCACCCGGUACAGUCCUCAGUGCAUAGAGUUGGAACACAGCCUAAAGCCCUUCAUCCCCGACUUCAUCCCCGCAGUGGGAGACAUCGACGCCUUCCUCAAGGUGCCGCGACCGGACGGGAAAGAGGACAGUCUGGGUCUGCUGGUUCUGGACGAGCCCAGCGUGAAGCAGUCAGACCCCACGGUGCUGUCGCUGUGGCUCUCAGAGGAGAGCAAACAGCACGGGGCCACCGAGCUGAAGAAGGUGACAAGUGUGUUGAGUCCGCUCUCUAACCCGCGGGCUGUGGACAGCUGGAUGGAGAGCAUCAGCGCGUUGCAUCGAUCCAAGCCCCCCGCCAGCGUGCAGUAUGGCCGCAACAUGCCGGACAUCGACAGCCUGAUGCAGGAGUGGCCCCCCGAGCUGGAGGAUCUGCUGGGCCGCCUGCUGCUCCCCCCCGCGCGCCUGGCCUGCAGCCUGGAGGAGUACAGCGACACUGUCUGCGGUCUGCUGGACGUCCCGGUGCACAACGGCUGCAGAAUCCAAGCUCUGCACCUUCUGUUUAGUGUCUACCUGGAGUUCAGAGACUCGCAGCACUUCACCCGCAGAGCGUAGAGAAGAGGAAACCGUCCAAAUAAACACAUUUAAAGAGUGUGUUCUGCUGUAAAGUGCGCUUAUCAAAUCAGAAAGUCUGGGAACAAAAGUGACAAAAUGUUCCAGAUUUUCAUUCUGUCCUUUAUAUUAAAUACUCAAGAAACAUAAAGACUCUAAAAACGGCUCACAAUCCUGCAUUUUGUGUUUUACAGCAGAUUCUGAACAUGUCAUUCCCUUGUUUUAACGAAUAAGAAAGAUACUUUAUUGAUCCCAAAUUGGGAAAUGUUUUCGUUACUGCAGCAGUCCGUUCGGCCGUUAUAAUUACAAUAUUUAAAAGGUUGAAUUUAAAAGUGGGAAAUCUUUUACUCAAUCAGGAGACUUUAAGACACAUUACCGCAUUCACACAGGAGAACAACUGUGUGAAUGGAAAGCCUUUCUUCGGAGUAUUGCCCUUAAAUUUCACAGAGCAUUCACCCUGGAGAGAAACCGUACAGCUGUGACCAACGUGGGAAAACAUUUUCUCUGAGUUUUAGCUUUAAAGUCCCAGAAGAAAGAAAGAGAGUGAGCGAGCCUCGAGUUCACAACCAGUUAUUUCAGAUAUACUUUCAUUAUUUUGACUUUUUAUAAAAUGGAUUGAAAUGUUUGACAGUUUUUUCUUUUUGGUCCUUCUUUAAAAAACUUUAUUUCAUGUUCAUUAUUUGACUUCAUUGUGUUUGUUGUCUGUGUAUUCAGUAAAUGUGAUUGUUGUGUAGUGUUUUUUUUAUUUCAUCAUUAAAUAUAGCGACACAUACGUAGACCCUUUGACUCUUUUAAAUAAACUAUACGUUUGUAAUCAUCACAGCUAAUAUCUGGGAUAAAUUAUUCUGAUCAUUUUUAUUCAUUAAAUAAAACACAUUUGUAUCUUUA